UUUGGUUCUCACAUUUGCAAAAUACAGAUUAUAGAAAGACUUACACACAUACAACAUAAAGCAUUAUCAAAAUCCCAAGAAGCAAAAAAGAUACAUACUAGUAUGUCAAAUGUUGUGGAAGAACCUCGUCUGGUGGUUAGAAAGUUUCUAGCCAGGCCUCAACAUGAAGGUGUUGGUGCCAUUGUUAGACGCAGCAUUGGAAGGUUUGAAUUGAAGUACUUUGAUCCUUUUCUUGUUCUAGAUGAAUUCUCAGUUUCUUCACCUGCUGGAUUUCCUGAUCAUCCACACAGAGGAUUUGAAACAGUCACAUACAUGUUGCAGGGAGCUAUGACACACGAAGAUUUUGAGGGGCACAAGGGGACAAUAGGAGUUGGAGAUUUGCAAUGGAUGACUGCUGGAAGAGGAAUAGUUCACUCCGAGAUGCCUGCAUCCCAAGGUACUCAAAAGGGCUUGCAGUUGUGGAUCAAUCUCUCCUCCAAACAUAAAAUGAUUGAGCCAAGGUAUCAAGAAAUUUCAGGCAAGGACAUCCCAGAAGCUACAAAAGAUGGAGUUAAGGUCAGAGUAAUAGCUGGUGAGUCCUUAGGAACCAAAUCACCAGUAUACACAAGAACACCCACUAUGUACUUAGACUUCACUCUCAACCCAGGGUCCCAUCUUCAUCAACCAAUACCCAUUUCAUGGAAUGCAUUUGUGUAUGUUUUGGAUGGUGAGGGCAUUUUUGGCAACUCAAAAUCAUCGCUUGUAACGCCUCACCAUCUUCUUCUCCUGGGCUCUGGGGAUGGGCUUGAAGCUUGGAACAAGUCAUCGAAGCCACUAAGGUUUGUGUUGGUUGGAGGUGAGCCGUUGGGUGAACCAGUGGUGCAGUUUGGGCCAUUUGUGAUGAACAGUCAACAAGAGAUUGAUCGGACAAUUGAAGAUUAUGAGAAUUAUAGUAAUGGGUUUGAGAAAGCGAGGCAUUGGAGAUCUGAAGCCAUGAUUGAUCCUAAACUCUCAAACUAAUAUUAGUUGUACAUUUUUUAACUUUUAAUUUUUAUUUUGGUAAUUGUUUGAUUUCAAGUGAUGAAUGGAAAAUGAGUUGACAAUGUAUUGAAAUGUAUGUAACUCUCUUAAGUUAAUGAAUGAUUAAAGAUGAAUUAUGAAGCA